AUGGCAAACGACGAUAGAGGUACUUUAAAAUUAAUUAACACAGGUACGGAUACCAUUAUAACCUUAUCCAUGUACAAAGAUGAUACAGAGUUAGCCCUUAAACGUCUAGCACAAAUUAAAGAACCUAGCUUAACUGAAUGUCAUCCAGUAGUAAAUUUACCACAAUUGUCGUUACCAACGUUUAGUGGAGACCCUGAAACAUGGAGAGAAUUCUGGAGUAGUUUCGAAGCCUCCGUACACUCUCAAAACAUACCAGAUAUCCAAAAUUAA